AUGGGUAACGACGGAGGCUCAAUUCCUAAGCGCAUAGAACUUGUUAAAGAAAAGAAAAAGGAAGUUCGUCCGGAUCAGACGGCUUUAAAGAUCGCGAUCUGGUUUUUCUGUGCCCUGUCCAAGAGUCUGCUGCAAGAUCCUGUGGUAAUAUGUGCUCUUGGAAAGCUAUACAAUAAAGACGCUGUUUUAGAGUUCCUGCUGAACAAAGAGGCAUACGGUGAUGGCGACAUGAUCUGUUCUCAUAUUACAAGCAUUAAGGAUGUAAAAACCUUGAAAUUAACACCAAACCCAGCAUACAAAGAAACAUCGGUUUCUACGCUUGCUCAGUCACAUCAGGGAAUGGUGGCUCGUUUUGUUUGUCCUAUUUCAAUGAAAGAAAUGAAUGGCAAGUCUAAAUUUGUAUAUCUCGACACUUGUGGAUGUGUUUUCUCUGAACAGGGACUCAAGCAAGUACCAGCGGGCGUAUGUGUUAAGAAAGGGAAACUCAAAGAAUUAAAUGGCGAGAAUUCGACUGCCUUGAGUGAUAAUGUCGGAAUUAAACGCAAACUAGAAGAUGACACCCCGGCUUCAUCUCAGAUAACCAAGAAACUCGCCAUUGAACAAUCUUCCAGUAAUGUCAACAUAUCAUCAACAUCUGCUGCCGCUGCUGUAAACCAAAGAGUCAAGGAACAUUUAGUAAAUAAUAACAAAAAGAAAUCCGAAGCAAUAAGAUCGAUUUAUAAAGAGAAGAAGGAUAAGGACGUCACAGAAAGUUAUUUGGUUAGGGGAACUUUCAACCGAUAUGCUGCUUGA